AUGGUGUCCAAUUCUUCCAAUUCAUCCAGCUUCUCUCUUCCCAUAAACGCUUCGGCCCAGGUGGGCAUCGCCAUCCUGACCUUGGCCUUCGCGCUGGGCUUCCCGGGAAACCUUUUCGUGGUGUGGUCGGUGGUCUGUCGCGUUCGCAAGCGCUCGGUGACGUGCCUGCUGGUGCUCAACCUGGCGGUGGCCGAUGCUUUCGUUCUACUCACUGCGCCCGUUUUCCUCCGUUACCUCGCCGGCGGGCGGGGAUGGGAGUUCGGCUCGGCGGGCUGCAAGCUGGUUCACUACCUGUGCAACGUCAACAUGUACGUGUCCAUCUACCUCAUCUGCAUGAUGAGCAUGGAUCGGUGGCUGGCCGUUUCCAGGCCGUUUUUAUCCCAGAGGAUGCGGACUAAACGCUCGCUCAUGAUUCUCUUACUUGGAGUCUGGGUCUUGGCGUUCCUGCUGUCCAUACCCAUGCCUUUCUACCGCAGCAAUCUGAGAGUAUAUCCCAACAUCCCGCUGGCAUUUUGUAUCCCGUACCACUGGCGGAGCGUAGGCCACAAAGUCUUCCAGUACACCUUCGAGACCAUCAUGGGCUGCCUGGUGCCCUUCUCUCUCAUCAACACUUGCUACUCGUCCGUCAUCUGCCGUCUGCAAAGCGCCAUGUUCCAGCGUCGGGGCAAAGGCAGCAGACUGAUCUUCAUGAUCAUCUGCACCUUCGCCGUAUUCUGGCUACCGUAUCACAUCGUCAACGUUAUCGAGAUAAUUGGCCUCUUGCAGGACAGCAAGACCAUAAUGGAUGCCGCUGGCCGGGCCCGUCCUAACGUCACAGCCUUCGCCUACUUCAGCAGCGCCGUCAACCCGAUUCUCUACGUCUUCGCUGGCAGCGCCCACAUCCGCCAAGCCGGCCUCAACUUCAUGGGCAAGCUCUUUGAAGCCACCUAUUCGGAGAGCAGGAGCUCAACCUUUACCCGCAGCGGACGUACCACCAGUUCAUCGCGAGAGGACACCUCAGUUCUGCAGACGCUGUCCGUCAAACUCAAGAAGCCUUUCAGAAGCAGGCACGGAGAUGGCGCCAAUGGGAGAGAGACGGAAGAGCCCGAACUUAAGACUCUGGCAAGUGUUGAUCCGUUAGAAUAG